UGAAAAAUUAACAAAACUAUUAACCGAACCAUCAAAACGAACAAAAAGAAAACAAUCGAAAACGCGGCAAAUAAUCAUAUUGUAGAAUUUAGGGAAAACAACACAUAUUUUAAAGAAAAUGCGAAGUUUUACGCCACCAUCGCACGUGCUUACAUUUUCAGAUCAAAUUACAUGUUUUGAAAUAUGUAAAAAUGAUUUUGCAUAUAACUUAAUAUGUUUCGCCGGAGACAAAAAAUUAACACUUGCUUUAAUCCAAUUUCCAGAAGAAUCUGAAGUUGAUACAUUUGCAUGGGAACGUAUUAAGGAUAUAUACCACGAAAGCCGCUGCAGUGCACUUUGUUUUGCACCAGAAACAUCUCUCGCAUGUAUACCAAAAACAGUUAUAUUCUGUGCAGCUGGGUCAGAUUUUAAAUUACGAAUUUUCCGUACGGAUCUUCAAAAUUCAGAUACUGUACAAGAUUUAAAAGGUCAUUCUAAUUAUGUUAACGACGUAAACUGGGACACUGAAGGUGAAUAUCUUGCGUCUGUUAGUGAUGACCAUUCAUGUAAAAUUUGGAACGUUGAGUCAAAUUUUGAAACUGUUACAACGUUUUGUCUCUCAUCAGCUGGGAUGUCUGUUAAAUGGCAUCCGGAAGAUCCUCACAAAGUCUUAGUUGCAGAGAAAAAAGGAAUUGUACAUAUGUACAAUGUGCGCUCACAACAAGCUAUAAUAUCUAUAGAGACACCAAAAUUUCCAUUAAUGUCGGCAGAUUGGUCCUUAGAAAAUCGUUUUUGUAUUGCAACAUUAGCCGGUGGCGAUGUAAUUACAUGGGACUUGAGGCACCCAAGCUCACCAACAGACAAAAAGCAAAUGCAUGAAGACUGUGGACGGAAUAUAUUAUUUUCGCCUUCAACCGAACUACUUAUAGCUAGUAUUGGCCGCCCCGAUAUUACUCUUAAAGUUUACACUUCGAAAUCAGUAGUUCCACAAAUAGAAGCACCACUAAAAUUGUUUGGUGGUAUUUCCUUUCACAAUCGGUUACCAUAUAUAGGUGCAGCGUGUGAUAGAAAACUUUGUUUUUGGAAAAUUAAAUUAAAAUAAAAUACAUAUUUUGUUUUGUAUAAAU